UUCCGGUGGGGAAGGCCCGCGGCCGCCGCCGCCAUUUCGGGCGCUGCUGUGAACCGGGACCCGAGCCGGUCCGCUGGGCGGCGGGCGCCGGGGCUGGAGGGCGCGCGCGGCGGCGGCCCAGCGUGUAGGCGCGGAGGCGGCCAUGGCGGGCAACUUCGACUCGGAAGAGCGGAGUAGCUGGUACUGGGGGCGGCUGAGUCGGCAGGAGGCGGUGGCGAUGUUGCAGGGCCAGCGGCACGGGGUGUUUCUGGUGCGGGACUCGAGCACCAGCCCCGGGGACUAUGUGCUCAGCGUGUCCGAGAACUCGCGGGUCUCCCACUACAUCAUCAACAGCAGCGGCCCGCGCCCUUCGGUGCCGCCGUCUCCCGCCCAGCCUCCGCCCGGAAUAUGCCCCUCCAGACUCCGAAUAGGAGAUCAAGAGUUUGAUUCAUUGCCUGCUUUACUGGAAUUCUACAAAAUACAUUAUUUGGACACUACAACAUUGAUAGAACCAGUUUCCAGAUCCAGGCAGGGUAGUGGAGUGAUUCACAGGCAGGAAGAGGCAGAGUUUGUUCGAGCCCUCUUUGACUUUAAUGGGAAUGAUGAAGAAGAUCUCCCCUUUAAGAAAGGAGACAUCCUGAGAAUCCGGGAUAAACCUGAAGAGCAGUGGUGGAAUGCAGAGGACAGCGAAGGCAAGAGGGGGAUGAUUCCAGUCCCUUAUGUGGAGAAGUUUAGACCUGCCUCCGCCUCAGUACCGGCUCUGAUUGGAGGUAACCAGGAGGGUUCCCACCCACAGCCACUGGGUGGGCCGGAGCCUGGGCCCUAUGCCCAACCCAGCGUCAACACUCCGCUCCCUAACCUCCAGAAUGGGCCCAUUUAUGCCAGGGUAAUCCAGAAGCGAGUCCCUAAUGCCUACGACAAGACAGCCUUGGCUUUGGAGGUCGGUGAACUGGUAAAGGUUACGAAGAUUAAUGUGAGUGGUCAGUGGGAAGGGGAGUGUAAUGGCAAACGAGGUCACUUCCCAUUCACACAUGUCCGUCUGCUGGAUCAACAGAAUCCCGAUGAGGACUUCAGCUGAGUAUAGCUCAACAGUUUUGCUGACAGAUGGGAACAUCUUUUUUUUUUUUUUUUUAACUGCCAUCUAUCUAUACAGUUUUCUUACAGAUGUCAAAGCAGUCUAGUUUAUGUAAGCAUUCUGUUACCCGUGAUCAUUUUUAGACUGAACUGAACUACACCCCUAGUCUCAUUUUCUGUAUUCAGGGUACGAAACUGGAGGGCUUUUGUGUUAACUUCUGAAAUGGCAAUACUAGGUGGUCACAGCCAUGCCUGAGGGUAUCAGAGGGGCUGUAGGCAGAUUGCCUUCUUUCUCACAGGCAGGGCAGCUCAACCUGUGGAAAACUGAUGAGCAGGAGAGAAGUGUUACACACUGCUUGCCCUGAUUUACUGGUUUUGUUUUUAUUCUGAAAUCAUGCUGUCAAAUAGCAAUGGACUGUCCCCUUCCACCCCCUUGAAGUAAUCAUGCAUUGUGUGAAUAGUACCCGGUGGGACUGCUUUUUCAUUUCUAGAACAUGACCAUUAUAUGACUCAUUCUGACAGUUCAAAUCCUGAGAAUUCUGAAGACACUACUAGAGGCAUUUGUCUUCCUUCCUAGUCAAUGCUUCAUACUUUUUCGUGGGAUUAUUUCAACCCUUGUCAUUUCCCCCAAAAUCUACAUGUAAGUGAACUCUUACGACAAGUGUUUAUUUUUAUUCCAGAUGACAAGCAGGAUGUUCAGAGCACUUUAUUCAGUGCAUAGCUUUAAGCCAGUAUUGGAUUCACUGAGUGGACAGCCAAACUCUCAGCUCUCUGCCUUCCCCCAAGUGAUCAUAACAAGGUCACACUGCUAUGCAGCUACAUUGACUCCUGGCUAAUGGAAUGCAGCAGCGCCAUUUCUCCUGAGUGCCAGUGUCCUAGUAAGGGACUCUUUGGAAUUCUUAGCUUCUAUUUGGAGUAGAAGGACCAAUCUUAGAAUAUUCCAUAGAAGGUUGUGGGGCCAAAUUCUGCCCAUUUGCCAUUGCUUUAUGUGCAACUUGUAUAAAACUCAAGAUAAAAUGACAUGAAUUUGGUGAUAGAGUUAGUACUUGAAAAAUAUUUGAACCAAUCAUGAAUUGCCUGUGCAUUCAUUUCACAUGGUCAGAAUAGUGCUUAAAGUAUAGAAUGUUAUAAAACUAUCUUCGGUUUUUUGUUUUUUUGUUUUAACAAGUUAGUUUACAAACCAGCCCUUAAGAGUGGAAUGAUUUUAUGGGAACAGGUGCUCCAAAGAAUCGACUUCCAAGACCAAAAAUGACCUAGACUAUAUAGGCUGUAAUAUGGACCUAUUUUAGUUUCCCAUCUAGACAGGCACUUACUGGGCUAUGGUGUGGUAUAGCGCAUAGAAACAUUUUGUAUAUUGCUUUGGGCCUCAUUUUAGAAAAGUAAUGUGUCUUUCUAAUUGUUUUGCAUUAAGUUAAUGAUUAAUUUGUGUUCUUUGAAUAUAUGCCAAACCAUGGUGUCCCAGUGACUAGCAUAAAUGCCUGGCAUAGUUGGUGUGCAUAUGUUUAUGUGAGUGAAUGAGAGGCAUGCAGAAGCUCGUGUGGCACAGGGAAGCCAGCUGGCACAGAAUCACAUACGUGACCACAAGCAGACGAAUGAGUCAGUGCUAAUUUAGUAUAUUUUUACCUCACACUAAGGUAAUGUUUGAUAAAGACAUUAAUACUCUACUCUUAAAAUGUCGCAGUGCUAUGCACAUAGCAGGUGCUCAGUUUGUUGAAUGGACAGAUUUGCAAUACCAGACUUUAUUCCAUCUGAUGACUCUGUUAAGUUUUCAGUUCAAGCAUCGAUACUGUAAAAUUCAAAUACACAUUCAAUUUUGUUUUCCUAAAAGUAUGACAUCGAAAACAUUUGGAGAAGAUCCUUUUCACAACUGACUUGAAUACUUAUAUUUUCUUUUGACUUUGAUAUUGGCUUGUGAUGUCUCUUUUCAUCAUAUGUAAUACCAGUGGGACACGCAGUUCUACCUUAAUCCUAAGAAUUUCUCAGUGAUCAGUUGUUGGAAGCCAUUGUAUGAACUGUUGAGUUGGAUUUGGCUGCAUGUGGCAGUUGUUAAACCCUUGAAGGACUUCUUAAAGCAUCUGCUGAAAGGAAAUGCUAGAAUCCCAUUCGAGCGCACGCGCAUUGUCACAGAGCAAAGUAGACUGAGAUUGGCUGCUAUAUUUUAUAGAAUUGUUUCUGCAAAAGCCCAUUUUUGAAUACUAAUAUUUGAGAUAGUUAAUUCUUAUUAAAUUGUUGGAAUUGUUUAUUGUUAAUAAUGCAAAUAGAUAAUUUUUAAUUAUCCUUAAGUAACAUUUCACUAUUAAUGGUUUGAAAUGGGUGAUAAGCAAACCAAUUUGAAAUAAAGUAUGAACAUGUGCCAUUGUAUUAUAACACUAUACACUUUCUUGACAGUUAAAUUAAAAAAAAGAAUUUUGUAGCAUGUAUUGUAUAUGUUUAUAGUAUAUGUAGUAAAUAAAAAUAUGGCCAAAUGUUUGGCUUGGUGAUGUUUUAAAGAA